AUGAAAACUCUGAGUGGCGAUGAUGACGCAGAGAAGACAGAAGCGACAAUGUUCAUCUCGGGAGAGCAUGAGCCUGUAGAGUACCACAUCAUGGUCCAAGUGAUUGGACAAGUGACCGAGUGUGACAUUGAGGAAGGAGCUGACAAGAAGGAGUCACGCACUAACGACGUCUACGCCUACCGGAUCCAGUGGGCCCGUCUGAGCUGCGUCUACUGGAGCGAGGCACAGGAAGACUGGAGGACUGACGGCUGCGCGAUAAGCGAGCAGUCCACCAUUGCCAGCACCAUCUGUCACUGCAACCAUCUGACGGUCUUCGGACGUGACUUCGUCACACCGCCGAACACCUUGUACUUCUUGGCGUUGGAAUUCAGCGGUUUAAGGGACAACGGUGCGAUUGUUGCAACCAUCAUUGUGGCGCUCUGUCUGUACUCGUUCACAGCAGUCGUGAUCAAAUUUGCUGAGCGUGUACGGAAAAAGAAGUUAAAUCACGCUGUAAAGUUGGACGACCUUCAGAACGGCUACCGGUACCGCCUGAUCAUCUGGACAGGUGCAGCUAGGCAUGCUGGGACAGAGUCCACCGUUACCUUCAAACUAUUCGGCGAUGCAGCAAACUCCGAUGUGAGAGUGGUCGACACCGAAGAGAAGGUUUUUACCCAAGAUAGCCAGGUGACUCUGAUCUUCAGCACAGCAGAACAGCUGGGUAACGUGGAGCAGCUGCAGCUCAUGCACGACAACAGUGGGGAGGGGAGCCGUGCAUCGUGGCACGUGGAGAGAGCAGCAGUGGAGGAUCUCGCCACAGGCAAACUGUCCUAUUUCGUCUGCGGCGAGUGGCUGGCAGCCGACCGCGGGGACGGGCAGGUGGUGAAGACCUUUCCUGUUGCCUCUGAGCAGGACCUGCGAUCCAUGGGGUUCCUGUUCCCGGCAAGUCUGCGGAGCAAUCUGGAAGAGGAGCACCUCUUCCUGUCCAUCGCUAUCAUGCCUGAAGAUAGCACGUUCACCCGCAGCCAGAGGCUUGGCUGCUGCCUGAGUCUCCUCCUCUUGUCCAUGGUGUCUAGCGCCAUGUGGGUAAGGGACGAAAUAAAAACCCAGGUUGUGCAGAGCUUCAGCCUCGGGCCGUUCUCCUUCACCCUGAAUGUCGUCUACACGGGAAUCAUGGCCAGCCUCACCUGCCUUCCCGUCAUCAUGGCCAUAGUCUUGCUGUUCCAGUACAGCCGACCCAGCAACAAAGGCAACCCCCGGGUCCGAGACGUGGAGGCGGGUGUUUCAGCUGAGGCACCCACUCAGCAAGAACCAGCCAAGGGCCUGCCGCACUGGUGCAAGUACGUGGCCUGGGUGCUGGUGCUGCUGUCUGCCGUGGGGUCAGCUGUCUUCACCGUGCUGUACAGUGUGGAAUGGGGCAAGGACAAGUCCGAGAGGUGGCUGUCUGGGUACUUCAUCGCUUUUUGGGCGGACUUCUUCGUCAUGCAACCAGGAAAGAUAUUUCUCCUCACCAUCGUGACUUCCUUUGUUGGCAAGACGCAAGCCGUCAAGAAGAUUUUUAAAAAGAAGCAGGGCACCGCUUUGAUUAAAGCCAGUGUGGUGUCUUCACAAAAGGAGGCAGGCUUCAACUGCAAUGCAUUUCGCAUGAGGAGGAAGAUGGAGCGACUUUCAUUGAGGUCCCUUGCCAACAUCAAACAAGCGAGAAUGAUGCAGCGCAGGGACAGUAGAUUUGGGGAAACCGUGUGGGACAUCGCGUGGUUCUGCUGUUUCCUCCUGCUCGUGCUCAGCAUCGUCAACGAGUACAACAACACCACAGAGAGUUUCCAUCAGACACUGAGCACAACCAACACCUUCCUGCAGUCUGUGGACGACGUUAAUGAUCAUCUCACCUUCUGGUCUUGGCUGGAUGAGACCGCUCUGCAGAGCUUCUACGUGGAGACGUCCUACAAUGACGACAAGCCCCGCUGGUCUGAGAAGGGCUUCACAACAGACAUGCAGUCGGUCCUGGUCUACCCACCAAGCCUGAUCCAAGGCCGAGUAAAGCCAGGGCUGUGCGAGGUGCCUGUGACAAUGCAGCACGUGUUUGACGAAUGUUAUUUAGCGUAUGGUGAACAGAACAAGGAGACCGGGGCGUUUGAGGAGGGAUGGAAAAGGGUCAGGAAUACGUCAGCGAUGGAAUCAGCGGCCCCUGGAUGGAUCCACCUCCCCAGCGGCUACCCUAGCCUCCCCAUCUACGGUGUGACGACGCACUACUGGGGAGACGGCUUCGGUCUGCACCUGGGAAAAUCAGCAGACGAGAUGCGCAGCAUCCUAGCAGACCUGAAGGCAAACCGUUGGGUCGACCAGCGCACGAGGGUCAUCUUCUUGGAAGCGAUACUCCACAACGGAAACGUGGAUCUGUUCACAUCGCUGACGGUGGUGUUCGAAUUCUCCGAGACGGCCGGAGUUUUCUCCCGUCACCACGUGCAGACCUUCCGACUUCAUCAACGGCCGGGGACGAUCGGAUACAUCUACAUCGUCCUGGAAAUCAUUUACAUCAUCAUUCUCCUCUACACGCUGUGGGGAGAGGCAAAAAAAGCACGCGCAACCGGCUGGGCCUACCUGAAGGGGCCGUGGAAUAUUGUUGAAAUCUUCAACUUCUUCUUGGCAUUCACGGUCAUUGGCUUGUAUGGCUUCAAGAUAUACAACAGCUCCAGGGCUCUGGCGGCGAUCAAGGAAGGGAAAGAUGAAGUCCAUCAUUUCCGAUCGGCGAUGAACAUUAGUCUGGUUUACGGCUGGUUCCUGGCCUUCUUAGCGUUUGUCAACAUGAUGAAGCUCCUGCAUCUGCUGAGGUUCAACCCGUUCAUCGCCAAGCUGAUGUCCGUGUUCCGAGGGAUGGCGUGGGAGUUCUCUUCCUUCUCUGCCUACUUGUUCCUCUGCAUGUCAGCAUUCUGCAUCUUCGGAUAUCUCAAGUUUGGCCUUGUUGUGACAGAGUACAGCACCAUCAGCAAGUCCUUCUCCACAUUGUUCCAGAUGUCCCUGGGAAUCUUCUACUACGGUCAGCUGCGGGAGGCAGCCCCCAUCCUGGGCCCCAUCUACUUCUUUGCUUUCAUUUGCAUCAUCUUCCUGGUGCUGAUGAACAUCGCCGUUGCGAUCAUCAACAGCGCACUUCCGGACGUGCGGAACCACGUCAUGCCUGAACAGGACCGGUACUUCAUCCAGGGGCUGUGGGAACGCUUCACGGCCUUCUUUGGCUUCUGGAAAGCACCAGCCGCAGAUGACGACGCAAUGGACAUUCUACAUGACAGCCUGAUAGAUGUAGAGAUUAAAGUGGAGAGACUAUGGCUGAGGAGACAGUCGCUCUUCAACCUCAAUAUGAAGGAAAUGGACCUCCCGGCAGAGCCUGAGUUUGUGCCGACUGUCAGAGAUGUUCCAGAUGCUGCAGCAGUGGAACGUGAUGGUCGCCACUGUGUCAUCACGGUCCGCCCUGCCUCCCCGAACAACUGCACAGACAGCGGCAGUCCAGCGACCUGCUCCGAGAGCAAGGCUCUAGUGGUGGUGACAUCAAGGUCCUUGUCAAAGGAGGAGGACACCCCAGAAAGCCGCCAAACCAACCAAGUCAGACAGAUAAAGUCUGUUCUAUCCAAAGGGAGGGAAAGUGGCAAGAAGACAACCAGGAGAGUUCGUUUUGCCCAAGUUGUUCAUGUUCGUCACAGCGGAGAGCAUAAGAUGGAGUGGCCAAGUGUCAAGUUGAGCACUCAUGACAAGGUGGCUCUGACAUUUGGCGAGAUGCUGACAGACGACCACAUCCAGGCUGCCCAGAUGCUGCUUCGCCGCCAGUACCCGGCACUCCAAGGGCUGGAGGGGCCUGCAGUUGGUCUGUGUGAGGACGGGUUUGCCAAGAUGACAGGAAAUGGGCUACAAAUCCACCACAACGGCAGCCAGCACUGGGUCCUAUCAUCUUGUACAGACGGACAGGUGCGCCUGUAUGACAGCCUCGGCGUCGCCAUGACUCCAUCUCUGCAGAUUCAGCUUUACCAGUCCUACGCCGCGUUUGCUGACCAAGCGAGGAACGUCCUGACUGUCAUCUCACCGGACGUACAGCGUCAGGGGAACGUCUUUGAUUGUGGUCUGUUCGCCAUUGCCUGGGCAGUGGAUAUCGCAGAGGGGCAAGACGUGAGCAGGGUUGCGUAUGACGACAGGAAGAUGAGGAGCCAUUUGGAGACGUGCUUCAAACAAGGGAAACUCACACCGUUUCCACGUCAGAUCAGCUGCAGGAAGGUCGGUCUAACCAAGGCACACCAAAUCUCGCUGGUCUGCCACUGUGAGCAGGGUGAACGUCUGGAUUGGAUGAAGAGGUGCAAGGAAUGCCGCAGGAUCUUUCACGUCAACUGCCUGCCAGUCAGCCCUCCCAAGGAUGGCACAUGAGCAUGUGGCUACUGUGGUGUUUAGGAAAAAAAACUGUUCUGCAGCGCAAAAAUGACUGCACUGAUUAAAUUUUGAAUUAAGGAAAACUGUUUAUUAUUCUGAUUGAAGUAAGGAACAAAAGGAUGGAAACACGGUGUGGUCAUUUCCGGUAUAACGUUACACUGAUCCCACCGCCAUUACUGAUACUUUUUGUGUGUUUUCGUGCGUGUAAUAUCAGCGAUUUAGUCUAGGGUCUAUGAUGUGUCUACUUCUGUCAUCAGUAAGUGGACAGGUUUGAAAAGACUUUAAGUUUUACCUUAUUUUAUAGAUACUAAAUGUACUUUUAUUACCAUGUUGAAUGUGUGCUUUGUAUUUGAAAUAUUUUCAAAAAGCAAGAACUUUUAGGACUUGGUGUUUAUUUUAAAAUACAAAGGUAGAUUUUUGACUGUCAAAAAUGUAAAUUUUAAAUAACUCGUACUGAAUAUG